UGCUGGGAAGUGACGGAGCCUCUCCUGGAGGAAGUGACGCGCGUGGCGUGCUGGCCCGGAGCGGUGUGGGGGGGGCUCGGACAAGAUGGCCGGAUCCACAGUUAAAGUACCUCGUAAUUUUCGCUUGUUGGAAGAACUUGAAGAAGGGCAGAAGGGAGUUGGUGAUGGUACAGUAAGCUGGGGCCUUGAAGAUGAUGAAGAUAUGACACUCACCAGAUGGACAGGAAUGAUUAUUGGGCCACCAAGGACAAACUAUGAAAACAGAAUAUACAGUCUGAAAGUAGAGUGUGGACCUAAAUACCCAGAAGCACCUCCUACAGUUAGAUUUGUAACUAAAAUUAAUAUGAAUGGAAUAAAUAAUUCCAAUGGAAUGGUGGAUGCACGGAGCAUACCAGUGUUAGCAAAAUGGCAAAAUUCAUAUAGCAUUAAAGUUGUACUUCAAGAGCUAAGACGUCUAAUGAUGUCCAAAGAAAAUAUGAAGCUUCCACAACCUCCAGAGGGACAAACUUACAAUAAUUAAUUUUAGCUGAUUCUCAAACUUCUGUCUUAAAACAACAACCUUCUACUCAUGUUAAUGUCUUGAUUAAAUCUCACAAUGCAAACACCCACACAUUAAAGAAUUUCAGCUGGUAUACAUGACCUGGACAUUUGUAAGAAUAUAUAUAAUAUAUGUAUGCCCAAUAUGUUUUCAGGCACUAUGGGAGAAAAAGGCAGCACAAUUUUUUUUCUCUUAUUGAGGCACUGUCAUUUAAGCAUAAGCCUGAAAUAGCCUAUAAUUGGAAUUCAGGUUUUACAAGAUGAAAGCAUGACAGAAAGUGUCAGAUUGCUGUGGAAUAAUAUAUGUUACUGAAAAUAAUUUCUGGAGAAGGCAAAAUAUAAAUGGCAUGCUUUAUCCAUCUUGCUUAGUAAAAGAGCUGCAGUUAAAUUUGUUUUAAGGUAGCAGGUAAAGUGAAUACCGUUGCUCAUCUUGUUUAAUUUUGCAAGGGUGUGGGUGCCGACUACUAGUAGUGUCACAAAGUAUGUUCAGGAUUGUUUUGAUACCUGUAUUUAUAAAAUGGGGGGAUUAAUUUCUGUUAAGCAGCUCCUGUGUUACAUGUAUCGGACAUGGCAAAUAUUUGUUUACAGUCUUUGUUCUAAUAAACCAUGCAUUUAAGUUUUAGUGAAACAAAGGAAAUGUAUGGAUAUGUGAUUGAGAUUAAAGUUAGUCUUAAAAUGUAAAUAAAAUGUGGAAAGUGUCUGAGGCUGUGCCAUUUCUAUGAUAGUCAUGUAAUAUAUGUACAAUAACUGGCAGAAGUAGUGGAAAGCCAAACAUAUAUUGCUGCUGGUGUUAUAUGCACCUUUUGUUCCUAUCACUUUUGUAUGCUUAGUUUACUUGAGAGGUCAAGAUUUUCCAUGUGUUGCAGGGGAGUAAGUUCUGUCAUCUGUAGUAUCUUAACUUCUUUAGACAAACUUGCAUUCUGUGUGUGUGUGUGUGUGUGUGUGUGUAUGAAUACAUUUUAAGAAAAACCCCAAACACCAAACCAACCUCAAAAUAAAAGCAAACAAAAAAACCUUGCCUGCCAACCUUCCAUUUAGUUCCCUCCAGAUUCUUUUGAGAAAUGAGCAUAACUUUCAYGCUGCUUACUUGACCUCUAAGCACUUUUCAGACCACAUUGCUGAAGUCUGUCCUAUUUCUCAGUCCUUUGUCUUGUUUUCUUGCAUAUUUUCCUCUUUUAUGUUACUUGCCUUUUUUUCUUGUCUGCUCCACUUWUGCCUUUUGUGAAACACACAAAAAAGAAACUUCAGGAAGCUUUAGUAAAAAUUACACCCUUACUACAAAUCAUCAUAUUUCCAUCAGCUUUAUGUGAAUCAUUUGCCAUGAUGCCACYGUGUUCAUAGCUAGAAGCUUUUCUSCCUCGCCUGCAGUUUUUAGUCUGUUUUUUCAAUGUGUUCUGUCUGCUGGGAAGACUGCUUUUAGUUGUUACUUAUUUCUCAUAAGCAAGUAGUUAAUGGUAUUCUUUCRGAUAUUAUGCCUUCUUUCCUUGCCUCCUACCUUGGAGAAUGCAAACCUUUGUUCAUUUUGGUGAGAAUAUGUAACAUUGGGAGUGAGUCAGCUGUUUGCAUUCGAAGUUUUAUUUAGUGGUUCAUUUGGAAAAGUGGAUAUAAUCAAAAGCCAUCAACAGCUAGGUAACUUUUCUUUGAURAGCCUUUGCCUGUUUCUGAUGUAAACAAUGAACCUUUAAAAGCAAUAAACUAGGUGUUCUUUUUUUUAAUGGACAGGUUUAAUUGAUAUUCAUCAAUUUAUGUUUUUUAGACAAAUUGGACACUUCCAGAAUUGGUGGAUUUAUAGCUGCCAGCUACCUCGUGUCUGUAUUUAUAUAACAUAUCAUUUAUGAUGGUUUGGCUGAAGUGCGUUGCAACAUUUUUUUCCCUUGAUUUGAAUUAUUUCAAUGCCAUUAAAUCCUUUUUCUUAUGCUAACACUGCUAAUCUAUAUUUAAUCAAUUAAAAUAAUGGAACUGUACGGUUCUCAGAUGUGAAUUAUUUUUGGGAAGAUUUCAACAUAAACUAUUGAGAGAAUGCUUGCAGACAAUUAUAUCGGUGGUACCAAUUUAAGAGACUGGCUUAUUCACAGAGGAUCAAGAAGGGCCUGUUGUUUGUGUAUUGUGUGUGGUGCAAGGUGAUCCUGUGAUAGUGUAUCCAUUSGUAUCACUGAGAAUCUGCAUAUCCAGCUGUAAGGAGAUACGUUUUGCAGAAGAAAGAUUCGGUGCUGGAAGGAGUUGAUCUGAUCUCUGACACUGGAGUAUGUAAUACGUGGAUGACUAUAAAAAUAUUCCUGUGGUGAUCUUAGGUGUGUUGGUUUUCCAUUUUGCUCACACUGGGACAAGUCUGAAGUGUAAUUAAUUAUGAAACUUUAAAAUGUCUUCAGCUACUGCUUAAAGUUGAGAGCCUCCUCGAAACUCUUCUAUCUGAAGAAGAUUUUGAAGCWCUGUGCUUACUCUCCUUCAGAAAGGUUUUGUUGUUUUGCAGGUAUCUAUGUCUGAUCAGUGUUUACUUCAAAUUUGCUUUCUCAUAUUCUUAUGGUCUCUCUUAGGUAACCUGCUUAGAUGACUGAAUUUUAAUUUUGCUCUCGUGAGUAUUCAAUUUGUGUUACAUUCUUUUGGCAAAAUUUGAAUUUGCCAUUGUUGUGAAAUGUGUACUUUUUUCUUUCCAAACCCAUGUUUGAACAUUUUGCAAAGCAGAGCACCAUUUGAGGCCUAUUGAAUGAGGGACAAAGUGGAAAAGCUCUAAAUAUAUAAUUAUUUUCAUGUUGGUGGUCAUUGGCUAGGAUUUAAACUAGCUUUUUGCUUUGAAGCGUUGCCAAAGUUCUUGUGUUUUGGUUGUUCGAGGCAGGGAUACAUUUUCUAYGAAGCAAAGAAAAAAAGCCAAAGAUGGUAUGAUUUAUACUUUGUUAAACCUUCAGAUACAAUGAGCAAGCCUAUGGAAAUAGCCGCAUUACAAAUGAUGUGCCUUACUCUGAGAUAAUAAAGUGCAGAAAAUGUUGCAAGUGUGAACCUACCAACGGCCUUGAUUGCUCUCCUCUUCCUGAAGCGAGCUGAGAAUACUUUUYACCAAGCAAGACAGAGUCAGCAAUGAAUCCCUCAACUAUUAUCAAAUAAAUGCAUAGUGCACAUUCCUCCUAAAUAUUUGUUACUGUAUAGGGGAUGCAUGAAGAUAAAUUCUAGUGCAUAUUAUGGCAGUUGAUCAACUAUAAUGAUAAAAACUAUAAUUUAGACAAUUGUUUGUGUUUUACAUGGUUACUUAUAUGAUGAGUUUGUGGAGGUAUAUUUCCUAUUUAGUAGCUUUUGGGACAAUAACUCAAACCCUAAAAAUAUUUGUUACUCUUCUCUUAACACAAUCUUUUCAUGCAGAAGGCACACUUUGUGGGCCACCAGAUAAUUGUCCUGUGGCAGAGGCAGGAUGUGUGACUACUACUUGCUUUAAUUCUGGUCUCUAUGAAAACUCAGCUAGAUUGCCCUGCUGUGGCUAGUUUCAGCUGCUAGAGGAGGAGUAAUUUGGUACUAAGUAAGUCUGAUUAUGUGUUACUGUACCAAAGAAAGAUGACUUAAAACUAUUGUUGGUCUUUUAUGUAAGUAAAAUUCCAGAUAGAUGUAAAGCAGUGGGACAAAAUACGUUUUUCAUCAAUGUUUCUAAAUAAUGUGUUCAGACUCUUUUUGUGAAGCCYUGAAUGAUUUCUGAGGUGUGGAGGUGUUGGAGGAACGUGAAUGUCUGUAGUAUUUAUUAAAUAAUAAUGAUAAUAAAUUAAAAAAAAAAAAAAAAGCUUUAAAAUUUGUUAAUCCAUCUGUGUUAACUCUCUCUCUGUUGAAACAGUUGUGGGAGAUUGUUUCAGGGGAUAAGGCAAUCAGUAGAAGAAGAACAGAAAAAAMCAUGUGCAGUACCUUUCUGUUGCAGACCCAACUUAUCAUGGGCUAAAAUAUGAAGGAUGUAAUGCUGGAAGUAUAAAAAUAACAUACUUGAUGCUUUAAAAAAAUCCCCACAAAUAACUUCUCACAUUGCCAUACUGUUACCACUGUAGUGGUUUGUAAUUUUGUUGGGUUUUUUUCUUUAAUUUUUAUUAAAUGGCUGUAUACUUUCAGCUCAAUUUGUAAACAGCUGUAAGUUUAUGUGCGGUAAACUCUGGUCUUUAAAAUGCACAUCAUAAGCCAACUCUCAAGUAGCUUUUCCGUGUUCAAGCAGUUCCAUAAAGCUUUUCAGUUUUUACCAUUUUAAAAUAGUGAUAAAUAUAAAAAAAACCUUUU